CCAGUUUAAAGAAUAUAUAUGAGUUUCAAUCGGUCUAACGAAGAGGUUAUUCUCUAUACUGGUUAGCAGCGUGUUGAUAUUUUUAAAGAAUCCUAUCUCCCGCUGACAGGUUAAAGUCACAUACGUGGCCAAUAAUUAAGCGUUAUACUUACAAUAAAUGUUGCAAUAAUUUUGAGGAGUGAACAUGGCUAUAGCAAUGCGAAAACGCAGCGGCUCUGGAUCCAAACGACAGUAUAAAGAGAAGGUCUUGCUCAUGUACGAGAGCUUCUUUAAAGGUGAUGAUCCCACACUGUCAAACCCACAUUUUUGGGAUGAACUUUUCCUCCUCAAACCAAAGGUACCACACAUUGAAAUUGAGAUUCUACGCCUAGCUGCAGACCAGUUAAGCACAAUAAAGGAAAAUCUAAACUCUUUAGUCUGCCACUGUGUCGAUACUCUGGCACACGAACACCACAUUCGGGUGGUAUAUGCCCUUCAAACAUUAUCUGCAGUUAUUCAAGCUAUGUACAAAAAAGCAGACCAAGGUGACUGUGGAUUCAACUUGAUCGAUAUUUUGGUCGGUUUUGAUUCUGCUGAGCAGAGAAUGACCACAUUGAUGCGACACUGCAAUAACUUCCUCACAGGUGACUAUCCAGAUAGUUUAAAAGCCCUAUGUCUCAAACUCCUAUUGAUAAUUGUCACAGGGACAGAUAAUGUCAGUCAGAAUACAUUGCUUGAAUACGUAAUGUUAAACAGUGUAUUUGAGUCACUAGUACAGCUCUUACGGGAGACGAAAUCCAGGGGCCAGCAUGGCCAUGACGCAGUCCUGCUACUUACUCUUCUAGUCAACUACAGAAAACAUGAAAGUGCAAAUCCCUACAUCGUCAAACUUUCCAUACUGGAUGACGAAGUGGCACUGAAUGGCUAUGGACAAGUCAUAUCUACGUCACUGACAGAUUUUUGCAGACAAUUUGAUCAGCAGAGAGCAGAGAUUCAGGCCUCCUGGUUAUCCUCAUUAACGAACAUGGUAGGCAGUAUGUUUGUAGGAGAAGAGGAAGCUAAGACACAACAAAUCCGUGCUAACAAUGCGCUUUUGCUCGCCCUCUAUGAAGCAACGCACUUGAAUAGAUAUUUUGUGACGACUCUGGCUCACAUACAAAGUGAUACUAGUGCCCCACCUUCACCAAAUAAUACUCUAGGGCCUAAUGCAGUAGCACCUGGUGCUCAACCCCAGGACAUCAUGGCACAGCCCGUGAAUUUGCUGGCCACAUUUUUUGAAUAUUGCUCAAUAGUCACGCAGGGAAUUAAAACCCAGGGCAACAAGACAGACGCGAUAACUGGGAACGUUAAACUAUGUUUUCUCAUACUGAGCUGCAUCGCAGAGGACCAGUACGCCAACAGCUUAAUACAUGACGCAAAUUUGGCGUUUAAAGCACAGUUACACAGAUUGCCAAUGAGGCAUCGAAAACUCCAGGAGAAGGUUGCUCUUGUCCAACCAUUAGCAGCUACACUUCUAGACUUACUUGUCGAAUUUAUAACUACGCACAUGAUGAAGAAUUUUCCAAUCGAGUUAUACCUUCAGUGCAUUGGCGUUUUGCAAAGACUGCUUUGUUAUCAAAAAAGAUGCCACGUUAGGCUAGGCUACCAAUGGAGAGAGCUAUGGACUGCUUUAAUAAAUCUCUUGAAAUAUCUGAACUCUUCUGAAAACCAGUUGGUCAAAAAAAUAAACAUUUUUCAUCUCGCCAUCCAGAUUGUCAACAUUUUGAACCUGUUUAUCACUUACGGAGACACAUUUCUAUCGUCACCCAGCAGCUACGAUGAACUAUUUUAUGAAAUAAUCCGGAUGCGGUCCGUCUUCACAAAUCUUAAUGCUAUGGCCCUCAGAUACUCAACGAGUGAAAUCUGUGAGUUCAAAGAACAUGCCCUAAAGUUGACAAACUGCCUCGUAAAUGUGCGAGAUAUCAUAAAUCACUUCACUCCAAAGAUCGAUGCAUGGCUCGCGAGUCAGAGCCUCUCAACUCCAACGGAGGAACAGAUCUUAGCUGUAGUGAUACAAAAUUAUGAUAGUCUCACACUCAAGUUACAGGACAGCUUAGACCAGUAUGAAAGAUAUUCAGAAAAACCAAAACAUACUUCGUUUUUUACGAAUAUGGUAAGAGAGGUCGUGAUGGAUACAAGAGGAUCGAUAGAUUUGAGCACGUUGGAUACCCAGGCAAUACUGCAGGAAUUUUCGACUAUCUCGUAACGAUUUGGACCAUGGCAAAUGAAUAAUAUUUAUUCAUUUUCAACGCUUUUGGAGUCAAUAAGUGGAGUAGGUAACAGCGCUGUUUGACACUCCGCUCAUAAAAACCGAUGGAAAAAAAUCCAUUGUGCCAUAAACUGUGGGUAAGAUGUACAUUGUGAAGAUUUUUAACUUUGCUGUAAAAAUUCCACACGAUCAUAUAAUGAAUUCAAAGCAUUAUAAUUCGUCAGUAACAUCAGUUGUAUCAUAUUAUUCGAUCUCAGACGAAACCCAAAUGUGAACUAAUAAUAGAUCGAAUUCUGCGGAAAAUUUUUUAAUGAAGGGAUCAAUGAACGCGAUACUGUAUUUUAAAAUCUAAUUUUAAGCAAGUUUUAUUCAUUCCAUAAAGUAUUACAACAUCCA